AUGGUUUCCAUCAUGGCGAGCGAUCGGUUGGUCACCGACCGGCGCGUCCGUUGGGUGAGAGAAGUGAUAACGCGCACACAGGAUCGCUUUCAGCGUGCGAAGUCAACCUCUCCGCAUCUUGGGCCGUCGAGAGGCGGCACCUUCCAGAAAACGUCCUUGGACCGGGCUGUCGCGUCUGCAGGUUCGUCAAGUUGGAUGUAUGCGUGGUUGUGGGGAGGGGGCGUGUGGGGGUCAAAACGCCGCCCCCCUUCCCCCGUUGACCGUCUCCAUCGUCCGCAGUGGACUUCCGGCGUGCUGCCAAACAUGUGAAACAGCUUGGGCACAUCUCGAGAGCCUUCGGCAGCCGUCCACGACGGCUUCCAGUCGAGUCCGUUCGAUCUGGCCCCUCCCUCUCGUAAUGCGAAUGGUAAAUACAACCUUGCGACUUUCCCUCCACGCGAGAAUGCACAUGCAAAUCAGUGCCUUCGACAUUCUAAACGUGGGCACUUUCGGCAAAGUGUCCAGCGCCCGCCCCGGCCAUUCGCCGCGCCGCCAAAAAGACUGCUCGCCGAAUUUUUGAAUAUUUUGGCCCAUCCACCACGCUGCAGCUGCAGUGGGACGGGACACGCAGCAUGGGGCGAAAAUCACGCCAGCCACACAGGAAGCAGCACUUUCAAAUCCAC